GCGGCCAUGUGGGGGUGACAGCGCGCGUUCCGGGAGCCCGUGGGGACUCAGCCAGGUGGCCGUCAGCCCGCCGGCCGGGCGGCGCAGGUGUGGGCGAUGGACGUCCGGGGCUUGGACUGGCUUUUGGUCCCGCUGCACCAGCUGGUCUCCUGGGCGGCGGCCGGAGCCAUGGUCUUUGGAGGGGUGGUGCCCUACAUCCCGCAGUACCGGGACAUCCGGAGGACUCAGAACGCCGAGGGCUUCUCCACCUACGUGUGUCUGGUGCUCCUGGUGGCCAACAUUCUCCGGAUUCUCUUCUGGUUUGGAAGGCACUUCGAGUCCCCGCUGCUGUGGCAGAGCGUCGUCAUGAUCGUCACCAUGCUGCUGAUGCUGAAGCUGUGCACUGAGGUCCGCGUGGGCAACGAGCUCAACGUCAAGCGCCGCUUCUUUGCAGCUGCAGAGAAUAAGGAUGAGGAAACCAAAGCCCCCCCCAGGCGGUCGUAUCUGGACUUCGACCCUCACCACUUCUGGCACUGGAGCAGCUUUGCCGACUACCUGCAGUGCGUGCUGGCCUUCGUGGGCGUCGCCGGCUACGUCACGUACCUGUCCAUCGACUCGGCGCUGUUUGUGGAGACCCUGGGCUUCCUGGCUGUGCUGACGGAGGCCAUGCUGGGCGUGCCGCAGCUGUACCGCAACCACCGCCACCGGUCCACGGAGGGCAUGAGCAUCAAGAUGGUGCUCAUGUGGACGAGUGGCGACACCUUCAAGACGGCGUACUUCCUGCUGACCGGCGCCCCGCUGCAGUUCUCCGUGUGCGGCCUGCUGCAGGUGCUGGUGGACCUGGCCAUCCUCGCACAGGCCUACGCCUUCGCCCGCCACCCCUUGAGGCCCAGCCCUCACGCAGCGCACCCCACCAGUGCCAAGGCCCUCUGAGGCGGCUGGGAGAAGGAGGACGUGUGACUGCUGGCCGCAGGCACUGGCAGGUCCCCUGUCCUCCUGCGUGGGCUCCCGGGCCGGUGGGCGGGCUCACUCGCUGGAGGGCGGCACGGCAGGCGUCACCCCCAUGGGGACGGCAGUCGUUUCCAGGUGAUGGAAGAGCAGGCUGUGUGCCCACUUGUUCUCAGAGCUCCGGGGGACCUGGGGAGCUGCCCACAGGCUGGGAAACAGAGGAGCAGGAAGGACAGGCCAUCGGGAGGCCCGGCAGGUGGCCACAGCCAGAAGUGACCUGACACCCCGGCCCGGCCCUAGGCACAGAGUGGGGACAGCACCGGGAGAGCUCAGGCCCCGGCACGCAGGGCCCUCGGUUAGAGCCGCUGGGGAAGGACAUGCUGCUGGACAGCGUGUGGCAAGGGGCUCAGGGUGGGGUGAGCCCGGCACAGAGCGCGUGGCCCAGGUGCCGUGGUCAUAAGAAAGGGGAGCCACAGUGAUGCAUGUGACAUAUGUCUCAGUGUCACUGGCUGGGUGGCCUUGCCUGGGCCACCUUCAGCACCACUGCCUCACAGGACUUGGGACCCAGCCCUUGCCCUCGGCUCAGCUCGGCCCUGGAGGCCUUGUCGCUGCGCCGGCCUCCUCCCACAGCGGGCGAGGGGACCGCCCGUGUCUGUGCCAGCCAGGCGCUGGCCAGAGCAAGCUCAGGGGCGUUUGACCCAGAGCCCAGAGCUCCACACAAGGCCUCGGCUGCACGGGUAGCGUUUCCCCUCUUUCCCGGGAAGUACGCGCAUCUCAGCACAUAGCCUGUGACGCCCGUCUGCCGGCACGGUGACGUGAUGCGCAGCUUUGCACCCCACACAAGCUGGAAGGUCUGAGCUCCAGGGCCUGGACUGACCUUCCGGGGCAGUAGGGUGGCCCGGCGCGGGCGUCCCUGCCCACCCUCUCCUGUCUGCACGGCUCUCUGUGUCCGCUGCACGUGGUGGUGAUGAGGCCGCUGGUCUGACGCCUGUCCCUCACAGCUGUCCGCCUUCCAGUCAUCCACAGGCACCUCCGCUGGGCCUGCCCUGGGCCAGCUCGCAGGCCCCCAGAUGCCACGUGUUCCAGAGGCUUCCGUGUGGCUCCCACAGGCAGCACUUCCCCUUCUGCCGGGUGGAGGGGGCCCUCCGUGCCUGCGCUGCCCGAGGCGACGGUGCUCGAGGUGCCCGUGGCGGCCGGUGGGAAGCUCUCUUCACCUCCCGAGUCUCCCUCCACGGCUCCUCAGUGUUGGAGUGGGACUCCUGCUUAGUCCUCUGGCUCGUAAGACGCUUUGAGAACAUUUAUUUAAAAAUAAUGAAAGGAGAUGUCUGUAGCAGUAAUUGCCUCCAAAUAAAAGCAUCACUGAUUAUGGCGGUGA